UAUAAAUUGAUAAAAGGCGAGUUAAAAAUAAAUAAAUAUCUGGCAAUAAAUAUGUGUUAAUUUCGAAUCAUGACAAAUGUAUUGCUCAAGCGGGGUAAUGCAAACGGCGAAUUGUGAUUUCGAAUGCUCAUCAGAAGACAAUUAGCCGCGUAUCUACAUACUAGUGAAUUAAUCAAGCUGAGUUUCCGUUUAAACGAUGUGCAUUUCUCUUUCCACACUGAUUCUCACAUUGAAAGUGUUGAAGUUCUGGAUAUUACAUAUUACAUAUUACGUGCUUAUGAUGCGAAAUAUGUGAUAUUAUAUGAGACUAUAUUUUACGAACGACAUACGGCGCGUUUGACGUCGGCUUUCGAGCAUCUUGUUAUAUUAUGAACACUUUAAUUAAUGAAGUCUUAUAAGGUGAGAACAUGCGGACAAUUAACGGGAUGUAUACGUUGCAGUUUAUGUUGUAAUAUGAAUAAUAAUAAGUAAUAUUCACGCAUCAUUCAUUGUGACAAUGAAUGUUAUAUGAUAUUUAUUGAAUAGAUUAUUUGUAUUUAACCGCUUGGAGUUAUUUACAUAAUGCCAAUAACAUAAUUAAUUAAUUGCAAACAAUUUUGUUAUUACACGUGAAAUAAACUGUGAUCAAUACGUGUGAAACUGAUGCUGAUCAUCUGAAUAUGAACUCCUAAAAAUUAUCACGAUGUCUCGCAACAUAUGCACCGCGAAACUGAAAUUAUCAUAUAUGGAUCGAGGGUAAACGUCAUGGCGAAUCAAACAACUGAUUACUAUGCGGACACUUACCAAUGGAAUCAUACGGUGAACGAAGAAGAUACAAAGAAGGAAUAUUAUCUUCCUAAUUGGACUGAUCUUAUUCUAGCAGGAUUGUUUAUAAUGCUGAUUAUUGUUACUAUAGUCGGCAAUACCCUAGUGAUUGCGGCUGUAAUUACCACGAGGAGAUUACGGUCCGUGACUAAUUGUUUUGUGUCUAGCUUGGCGGCUGCGGAUUUACUAGUCGGUUUAGCAGUGAUGCCACCAGCUGUGCUGUUACAGCUUACAGGAGGAAUUUGGGAAUUGGGCGAAAUACUGUGCGAUUCUUGGGUCUCACUCGACAUUUUACUCUGUACGGCUAGUAUUCUCUCGUUAUGCGCCAUAUCUAUAGAUAGGUACCUGGCUGUAACUCAGCCGCUGAUAUACAGCCGCCGACGCAGAAGCAAACGACUGGCCGGGCUGAUGAUCGUCGCGGUAUGGGUCAUGGCCGGCGCAAUAACGAGCCCACCUUUACUGGGUUGUUUCCCACGUGCGACAAAUCGUGACAUCAAAAAGUGCUCCUACAAUAUGGAUUCCUCCUACGUGAUAUUUUCAGCAAUGGGCAGUUUCUUCCUGCCUAUGCUGGUGAUGCUGUACGUAUACGGCAGAAUUUCGUGCGUCAUAGCGAGCCGGCACAGAAAUCUGGAGAAAACCAACGAGGAGGAGAAUGUCCGGCCACGUCGUAAAAUCACGAUCGACCGUAGCAGAAGCAUAAAGACGCAACGCAAGGACUGCGCCGAGAGCGGUAUGACUUGUAACAGGUCAUCGGAGGAUACCGAACUAACGAAUAUGUGCAAAAAGUUGGGUACUAUUCGAGGGAAUCAACAAAGCUGCAUCAACAGGGUCGCCAGGGAGACGAAAACUGCUGGUACCUUGGCGGUGGUUGUCGGUGGUUUCGUCGCAUGCUGGUUGCCAUUUUUCAUUCUGUAUCUCGUAACACCUUUCGUGCCCGUGCAACCACCGGAUGUUCUCAUGCCAGCCUUGACAUGGCUAGGAUGGAUUAAUUCAGCUAUCAACCCGUUCAUUUAUGCCUUCUAUUCGGCAGACUUCAGAAUCGCUUUUUGGCGACUAACAUGUAGGAAAUGUUGGAAGAGUAGACUGAACUUAGAUGGCACAAAUCGGAAAUUACCCGCCUCAGUUAACUGGAAGAAAGAUACGACGAGGACGUGAAGUUCUCCGCACAGUUUCAAACUUGUUCAAUUAUGCGGCGUCCGGUAUUAGAAUGACUGUGGUUGAUUCGAGUUAAUUUGCAACUGCGGUACAUUAAUGAAAAGUGAAACGUGUGUAAGAAUGACGUACGUUUUUAGUAUUGACUUAUAAUUCAAUAAUAAUAGUUUUUAAGAGGUUUUACAAUGCAUAAAUAUUUCACUAUACGCACAAUAUUUUCAGAUACAUAUAGCUAUUUUCAAGAAUUGCAUAGAUAAUUAUUCUUUUUUUGUGCAACUUGUAAUAUAAUUGAACAUUAUAUUU